AUGGCUGCUGCUCGUAUUAUGGCUACGUCAUCCCACCUCGCUGCUACUGCAGACUUGUUUGCUCCAAUAACUUUCUCUCGAGGCCCAAAUUGGAAGAAUCGUUUUAUGCUGGCUCCACUUACCAACACACAAUCUCAUCCUGAUGGAGUUCUUUCGGAUGACGAAUACAAUUGGUUGGUAAAGCGUGCUGAAGGUGGUCAUGGCCUCGUUAUGACCUGUGCUGCUCAUGUUCAGAAAGUUGGGCAGGGAUUCCCCGGUCAGCUUGGUAUCUGGAGUGAUCAUCACAUUGAUGGACUCACUCGCCUUGCUGAUGGAAUUCGCAAGUUUGGGGCUGUAUCUUCCGUUCAACUUCAUCACGCUGGUAUCCGGUCGCCUGCAGACCUCAUUGGAGAAACACCAGUCGGUCCAUCUGCAACUGAAGAGUUCAAGUCUCGAGCCUUGACUCUUGAAGAAGUAGAACAGCUCAAGGAAGACUUUAUUGUUGCUGCAGUUCGUGCUGAGAAAGCCGGUUUCGACGGCGUGGAAAUUCACGGCGCUCAUGGUUAUAUCAUCUGUGCCUUCUUGUCGUCUGAGUACAAUCAAAGAACCGAUGCAUAUGGUGGCAGUCUAAUGAAUCGAGCCAAGCUCCUCCUCGAUAUCAUGGAUGGAAUCCGCGAAAGGUGUCGUCCAGACUUCCAAUUGGGUCUCCGUCUAUCUCCAGAACGAUUUGGCCUCAAAAUGGCAGAACAAAUUGAACUCGUUAAAACCGUGAUGGCAACUGGCAAAUUGGACUACUUGGAGUUGUCUCUAUGGAGCUGCUUCACACCCCCAGCUGAAAAGGAGUACGCUCAGAAACCCCUCAUUGCUUGGUUUGCUGAUAUUGAAAGGAACGGAUGUCGUUUGGGGGCUGCUGGAAAACUGUAUACUGCUGCUGAAUGUCGACGGGUGCUAGAAGAGUACAAAUACGAUUUUGUGGUCAUGGGCCGAGCCUCAAUUAUUCACCACGACUUUCCAAAGCUCGUUAAAAGUGAUCCAAACUUUGGAGCUAUGGAAUGGCCUGUACCAAAGGCUCACUUCCGUAAAGAAGCUGUCUCUGAUACAUUUAUUACUUACCUCGGCCAAUACUUCAAGGCUAUGAUUGGAGUCUAG